GAGAGAAAGACAACCGAAGGGAAGACAUAUUACGUGAAUAAAGAGACAUUCGAGACCAAAUGGACUGAACCCAAGUCUGGAUUCCUUUCGGUCGAAGAGCAGAAAUACAGUUCAGAUGUGACGCCAGAUUGCGAUCCACUGCCGGCCGGUCCGUACAAUCCUUACGGCAGAUGGAAAACAGUGGCCAACAGAGAGUUUGACGACAAAAUGAUUGAUUUACAGCUUCCGGACCAACAGUUGCCACAAAUUGUUGCGCCGAUUGUCGCCGACAACGACAGAGAAGUGAAGAUUGAAUUCUCGGAGAAAACUGUGGAUUCGCUUAAAAACAAGUUUAACUCAAGCGUUAAGAAAGAGGAGAAAAUUAGUUUUAAAAAACGAAAAACUGAUUCCAAUCGCAGUGUUAGACAAAGAACUGAUGAUUGAUUGCCAAUUAAUCGGACACAUGAUUACCUCAUUGUUUUCAUCACAUUAUUAUAAAUUCAUAUUUAAUUUACAUUUU